GCCUCCGGAGCUGCCCUCACUCCAGCUCCAGUAAGUGCUGCUUCUUCCUCUUGGGGUUUUUUCCACUGCCCUCUCAAGUAACCAGGCCACUCCUGUCCCUGGGGAAACUUGCUGCCAGAACUCCCAGCUCUCUGCUCUCCUGGACAAAAAAGCACCCUCUUCCUGGGACUUCAUCUCACCAUUGAAGACACGGCCAAAGGUCUGUGCUGAGCAGAAACCCCGAGGCCUCUGCUUCUAGCCCACUCAGGGUGGCUCCCUGAUUCUUGGCAUUCACUGCUCCAGCACGGAUCAAAUGUUCACCAGCUGCUCUUGAACGCCUGUCUGCCGGGCUUCUGAGGCACCAGGCCUGUCUGCUGGCUGCCCUGGGCCCCAUGGAGACCUGGCGGAAAGGCUCUUUCCGCAAUGCCUCCUUCUUCAAGCGGCUGAGCCUGGGGCGGCCACGGCGACUCCGGCGACAGGGCAGUGUGCUUAGCCAGGCCAGCACGGCUGGUGGUGACCACGAGGAGUACAGCAACCGAGAGGUCAUACGGGAGCUGCGAGGGAGGCCAGAUGGCCGGCGCCUGCCACUGUGGGGGGACGAGCAGCCCCGGGCCACCCUGCUGGCCCCACCUAAGCCCCCACGCCUCUACCGAGAGAGCUCCAGCUGCCCCAACAUCCUGGAGCCCCCACCCGCCUACUCUGCUGCCUACUCAGCCACCCUGCCAUCAGCACUCUCUCUGGGGGACGCCCUACACCAGUACUCAGAGGACGACCUUUUGGACACUCCCCACUUCCAGAGGACACCUGCUCCGGACCUCAGUGAUCCCUUCUUCUCCUUCAAAGUGGACCUGGGGAUUUCACUUCUUGAGGAAGUCCUGCAGAUGCUGAGGGAACAAUUUCCCAGCGAGCCCAGCUUCUGAAUGGGGUGAGGGUAGGCAGAGCUGGGGUGACUAGAAGAGCCAGAGCCUGGGGACCCAGGGAAGCAUGGGACAAUCAUGGAUUAAGGAAUGGGCAGCAAUAGGAAUCCAGGGCUCUGGCUGCCCUCUGGGUCCUGAACUGUUCUCCAAGUCACCCCAGAGUGGAGGGACAGAGGCAAGCUGGAAAUGUUGGGGGGGUACCUCAUGGCAGGAGCCCUGAAGGAAGCUGGCUGGGCCUGGAAAGGGAGGCCACGCCCUGCAACCACAGGAGCCAGGCAGAGGCGAGCAGAGCCAGAGAGCAGCAUGGGGGUGAGUAAGGGAGUG